AUGUAUUAGCCUCUUUUGUAUUAUAAUUAAAUUAAUCAGGUUAAUAGAGUACCUUAGUAAUAUGUCUGCUACGUCCCUUAGAACUAGUACUUAUAAAUGAACUAAAAUCCGUUGUAGAUAUUUCCAAAUUUACCACAACAUGGGGUUCAGAAUCAAAUAAUAGUGCCUAUUCCUUCAUAAAUACCUUAUCUAUAACAAACAAUUGAUAUAAAUGCUGCAGAUCUUCAUGAAACCGCAGGAAUCUCGCUUUACAGUAAUAAUUCAGAAACUUUUUAAUAAUAAAAUAGUAUUAAUAAUGAGCAGAAAAACCCAUUCUGCAUUAAUUAAAUCCACGUAUCAAAUAUCCAAGAGAGUAAAAGCGAAGGAUUAGAUCCAAAUAAUAAAUAAUACAGUCUUGAUAGGCUUUCCUAAUAUUAAUUAAAACCUAUUGAUAGAGAUAUCCAAGAUAAUUCAAAUACAUUUUAUAAUCCGCUUGAACUAAACAAAAAUGACAAAACACAUGAAUGCAAAAUUGAAGACAUAAAAAAUAAAAAAAUAGUAAAAUAAAAGCACUAAAAAAAUGAUGCUGAGAACAAGUCUAACAUAUAACACAAGGCAGAAGAUACCGAUUGUUAAUCUAAUUUAAAUAUUUAGAAAUAAUAAUAAUCUAAAAAGAAUAUUACUUCAUGGAAGUAUAUUAAAUUUGAUCCAAAUAACUAGACUACCCAAGGUCUUCCAGUAAUUUAAACUUUAAAUGACACACAGCUAUAAAAUAAUAGCACACAGCAAACCAAAUUCUAACCUAGUGCUAUGCAAGGAAUUACUAUCAAGAAGGAAUGUGAAAAAAUACAAAAAAACUUGAAAGUUGAGAGUGUUAAAAACGAAGAAGAGUUAAUAGAGGAGAACUAACAGACAGAAAGUAAAAUUUCUGGUACUAAUUAGUAGGAAAAUAAAAAUGAAGAGGCUUCUAUUAACGGAAAUUUGUGCAAAAACUUGAUGAGAGCUUUCAAUAAAUUUGUUAAGGAUUAUGAUUUCAAAGACGUCUCUAUAAAAAUAUCCCUCUUUCGUUUUCUGGAAAGGAAUACUUAUAGCAAUCUGCAAAUGCUUAAAAUAUAUCACAAUGAAAGAUACAGAAGUAUUUUUUUGGAAUUUGUGAAGGGAGGUGCGCUAAUAUGGCUUUAAAAGAGUAAAGUUAUUGACAUAGAUGCGCAUAUAACUCUUCUUGAAAAAAUUGUGUCAGGAGAUAUCUCAAUGAUCGGUAUCAAGAAAAGAAAAAAUGUUAGUAAAACAAUUACAAAAAAUAUAAAAAGGAAAAGGCUUUCUAGUAAAAAAAUGUGA